AUGGAUUUAAUAAAUAAUAAUAAAAAUUUAUAUAUUGGGAUUAUGAGCGGAACAUCACUUGAUGGUAUUGAUGUCGUUCUAACAGAAAUUAACAAUAGUGGAAUUAAAGUAUUAAAAAGCUAUACACAUCCAUUACCAGAAACAACAAGAAAAGAAAUAUUAUCAAUAAACCAAGGUCAACAAACAACAUUAGUUAAAAUUGGUAAAAUCAAUAGAGAUUUAGGUAUAUUAUAUGGUGAAGCUGUAAUAGAAUUAUUGAAAUUGGUUAAGAGGGAUAAUAAUAGUUUUAGCAAAGAUGAUAUUGUAGCCAUAGGAAAUCAUGGCACAACAGUUUAUCAUAUGCCAGAAGAGGGUUUUACAAUACAACUAGGUGAUAACAAUAGGGUUGCAGCAAUGACAAAUAUCAAUGUAGUGGGUGAUUUUAGAUCAAGAGAUAUAGCUUUAGGUGGUCAAGGUGCACCAUUAGUUCCAGCUUUUCAUAAAUUCAUACUAUCAGAUGAUACCGAAAAAAGAAUAGUAUUAAAUAUAGGUGGCAUAUCAAAUAUUACUUUAUUAAUACCAAAUGGUGAUACUCUAGGUUUUGACACUGGUCCAGGUAAUAUAGUAAUGGAUAGUUGGAUACAACAAAUAAAAAAUGAAGCAUUCGACCAAGAUGGUCAAUGGGCAAAAUCAGGUACUAUUAAUGUUAAACUUUUAGACGCAAUGUUAAACUCUACAGACUAUUUCAUCAAAUCUCCACCAAAAAGUACAGGAAGAGAGUUAUUUAAUAUAGGAUGGUUAAACAAAAUACUGCUUCAAGAUGCUUUCAAAGAAAUUAAAUCAGAGGAUGUUCAAGCUACCUUACUAGAGUUAACAUGUAAGUCAAUUGUGGAGGAAAUUAAAAAAACAAAUAUUACCUUUGACAGAGUAUUGGUAUGUGGCGGUGGUGCUAAAAACUCAAUGAUUAUAAAACGUUUAUCAGAACUUUUAUCUCCAUUUAAUACAAAGGUUUCUUUAACCGAUGACCAUGGUGGUGUCCCAACUCAAGACAUGGAGGCCGCAGCAUUUGCAUGGUUAGCAUAUCGUACAAUUAAUAGAAAGCAUGGUAAUUUAAAAGAAGUAACAGGUGCUUCUGAAAAUACAAUAUUGGGAUCAAUUUAUUUAAAAAAUUAA